AUGACAGAUUCAGUGAAGAGCACCGAGUCCCUGACCUGGCUAAUAACGGGCUGCUCAUCAGGGUUUGGAUUGCAAUUUGUGCGACACGCCCUUGCUGCCGGCCACCAUGUGAUCGCUACCAGCCGGAACCCAUCGAGGACACCAGACCUAGUACAAGAGGUCGAGGCCGCAGGUGGCCGAUGGUUACAACUCGACACGGACGACGCCGACUCGGCGCGGGUGGUCACGGAGCUCGAGGCCGCGGGGACGCAGAUCGACGUGCUGGUCAACAGCGCCGGGUUCUCGAUCGCGGGGCCGGUCGAGGCGUUCGCCGAGGACGAGGUCCGCCGGCUGAUGGAGACCAACUUCUUCGGGCCGUACCGGCUCAUGCGGGCGUGCGUGCCAUUCAUGCGCGCGCGGCGCCGCGGCGUCAUCGUCAACCUGAGCAGCGGGUCCGGGCUCCAGGCGCGCGAGGUGCUGGGCAUGUACGGAGCCAGUAAGAGUGCACUUGAUAAUAUCACCAAGACUCUUGCAAAGGAGAUGAAACCGUUCAAUGUCCGGGUGCUCCUGGUCUACUUGGGGUCCUUCAACACGGCGAUGGCAACCAAGGUCGACCCGGUGCAGAAGCCGUUGGACCCAGACUACCAGGGAACGGUCCUGCAGCAGUUCUACGACUCCUUUGAUUCGAAGACGUUUGUACCGAAGGGCGACCACAAGAAGGCAGUAAAGGCCAUUUUCGACGUUGUCGUUGGAGAGGGCGCUGGCGCAGGCAAGGAAAAGGAGGUCCAGAUGAUCCUGGGUAAGGACUGCGCAGUGCGACUCGACGAGGUCCGCGCUGGGUUCGACCACAUGAUGGAUGUCUUUGGCGAGGUGUGCAAUAACGUCGACGUAGAUUAG